AUGGCGGCCAUGGCAGCGACGCAAGAAAUCGUCGCUCGCCCGUCGCAGAGCCUAUCCAUCCUCCACGGCCCCGUCGACCCUCCCCUCGUCGACCUCACGCUCGGGGAGCUGCUGGAGCUCCAGACGUACCAGCAUGGCACGAACGAGUGUCUCGUCAUCCCCUGGACCGGAGCCCGCUGGACGUACAACGAGCUCAACCAGCAGAGCUCCCUGCUCGCCCAAGCCCUGCUCGACAUGGGCAUCGCCGUCGGCGAUCGGGUCGCCAUCAUGGCGGGCAACUGCGAGCAGUAUGCCGCCGUCUUCUUCGCCGUCGCCAAGAUAGGCGCCAUCCUCGUCAUCCUCAACAACACCUACACCAGCACCGAGGCCCUGUACGGCAUCCAGUUCUCCGACUGCAAGGUCCUCUUCACCACCCGUCUCAUCGGACGCCUGAGCAACGCCGCCCUUCUCUCGGCCUUGCGGAGCGAGAAGGAGGCCGGACGGGGGCCCGAGGUUGUGCUCCUGCGGGGCGAGACGGAAGGAUACGCCACGUACGAGGCGUUGGUGAGGUCGAGCCGGGGACGGAGCCGCGAUCGACUGAGCCGUACCAUGCGACGGGUGCUGCCGCAUCAGGUCGUCAACCUGCAGUUCACGAGCGGAACGACGGGACGGCCAAAGGCCGCCAUGCUCACGCACCACAACCUCGUCAACAACGCGCGCUUCAUCGGCGACAGGAUGCGGCUCGGCUCCGAUGACGUUCUCUGCUGCCCGCCGCCGCUCUUCCACUGCUUCGGCCUCGUCCUCGGCCUCCUCGCCAUCGUCACCCACGGCGGCAAGAUCGUCUACCCGGCCGAGGUCUUCGACAUCCCCUCCACCCUUCGCGCCAUCUCCGAGGAACGAUGCACCGCCGUCCACGGCGUGCCCGCCAUGUUCGACUCGCUCUUCCAGGCCGAGCUGCCAGCCAACUUCAGCUGCGAGCGGCUCCGGACGGGCAUCAUCGCCGGUGCGCCCGUUCCGAGGUACCUGAUGGAGCUGUUGGUGAACCGCUUCGGCAUGUCCGAGUUCACGAGCAGCUACGGGCUGACCGAGGCGUCGCCAACGUGCUUCAACGCCUUCACCGACGACGCCAUGGACAUGCGCCUGACGACGGUGGGCACCGUCAUGCCGCACGCUCAUGCCAAGAUCAUCGAUCGCCACGGCAACGUUGUCCCCGUCGGCACGCGGGGCGAGCUCUGCAUGGCCGGCUACCAGCUGCAGGCCGGCUACUGGAACAAUUCGGAGAAGACGAACGAGGUCAUGGUCCGGGAUGCCGCCGGCGUCCUGUGGCUCCACACGGGAGACGAGGCCGUCUUUGACGAGAACGGCUACUGCACCAUCACCGGUCGGUUCAAGGACAUCAUCAUCCGAGGCGGUGAAAACAUCUACCCCCUCGAGAUCGAGGAGCGUCUCAUGGCUCACCCGUCCAUUUCGCGAGCCAUCGUCGUCGGUCUUCGGGACAAGCACUACGGCGAAGUCGUCGCCUCAUUCCUCGAGCGCGUCGAGAACAGCGCCAGGCCAGCCGACGACGAGCUGCGCGAUUGGGUCCGCACCGAACUUGGCAAGCACAAAUGCCCCUCGCACAUUUUCUGGCUCGGCGAGGGCGGCGUGCCGACCGACGUUCCGCUGACUGGCAGCGGCAAGGUUCGGAAGUUUGAGAUGGCCAAGCUUGGUGAUGCCAUUCUCCACCAGCGGGCGAAAACGUCGAGGCUGUGA